GCUCGGAUAAGACGUCGCCAUCCGAAGGAGGAGGGGUAAAUUGGGAUAGGUUUCUGAUUGUUAAUCUAUUGCCUUUUUCGGGUGAUUUGGCGGGGCCCGAAUUCAUUUCUUCCUCCUCGGCGGCCAUUUCCGCACACAUGCACGGUGUGCCAUCUUGACAAAAGCCGCAAUGGUCUAUGAUUCUAGAGGGAGACACCGACGGUUCUGUGGCUCGAAUAGUACGGUCGCGGUUGCCAGAGAACAGGGCGGUGAAAUCGGUUUCCAACUCCUCCGGUUCUGUUUUGAUAGUAGUAUCUAGUCUGUGGCGUUUUGAUGAAUUUGUCUGGUGCGGAGAGUGUGCUCUUUUUGGGGUGCUCUCGUCUUGCUGGUCAGGAGCAGCGUUGGAAAGCCCGAAAGCAUCCUCGAUGCAUUGGCAUCGUGUUGAGGAGCAGUUCUCACAGGUAGCGGCCAUCCCUCCCACUUCGGAUACUUGUUCUGCAAGCUGAACCCUUUGCAUCAACUCUUCCUUGGCCUUUUUCUCCGCUGCAAGUUCGCCAACCCUUGCUGCCCUUCUCUCGCGAAACGCUCUCUGAGCAGCGCGAUUUUGAGCCUUCCGUUUUGUUGGUGGGGUGUCUGUAGCUGGCUUGCGUCCAGGUUUAGGUCGAGGGGGAAUAACCCAUUCUUUUGACGUGAUAGUUGUGGGCUUGAGGGGUACCGGCGUAGGCGUACCAGCAGCAGCCAGCGGCUUCACGGAAAGCGACGGUUGGCGGGACGGCACGGCUGGUGCGAGAGGAGCAGGAGAGUUCGUCGAACUUGACGAAGGAGUCGAAGCAGCGGACAUAGCCGACAUGAUAGUCUCUUGGUAUGUCCUACUUGUAUGGUGGGAUAGUAGUCGCGGAAUUUGGUCUUGCUGCGUGUCUACUAGAUAUAUCCCCUCUUAACCGAUUUGCAGUGCCGAAGUCAUCGACCAAGACGCACCAGGUCAUCGCAAGGGAACAAGAUUCAAUUAAGUUUGAACUAUGCGUUGAACAAUAAGCUGUUGUUAUUCAAACAGUGACUCGGCGAUGAAUGGCUGUGAGGAAGUUUUCGUCCUGGCCAACCAUGAGGGCAGAAUUGAAGCAGGAAGAAUAAGCCGCGGGGGAUUCGGAAGAUCAGAUUAGAUUAUCGUGCGACAUGUUGCUCACGUGGUUUCUUGCCGACGUCCGAUGUCUUGGCAUUGUUUCCGUUAUCUGAUCGCCAAGCUCGGGUUAUCUGAUGGAAAAGGUCGGCCGUCUUUCCGUUUUCGGCCUAACCCACCACGUUCUACAACGAAACAUAUAAAUUUGUUCGUCGUGCUAAUAUUGGCUGCAAAUAACUGAACAACCUCGGAGGAGAUCUGCGUCUCUACCGCUAUUUGGAAGCACUAAAGGUUCCCACUCUUCUGCAGCGCAAGUGUAAAUAAUACGACCUGCACCAUGAGUCAGGGCUUGAGAAGGAUCUUAUAUAAGAUGAAGACCCUUCCCAUGCCUCCUCAACCAACGCCUUCGUACCUCUAACUCACCCCCAGAACCCCCGACUCCAAAGUCGAAUCGAAGUAGCCAACCAUGCCACCAAGCCCUGUUGUUGCCAGCCAGAAGGUUCUUGACCUUCUUCAAAAGCUCCAUGCAGCCUCUAUCGCCCAAGAGCAUGCCCUAUCCACCGUCUUCUGGUUUAUGACUAGAAAAUUGCGUGCCUUGUUCACUAAACAAAGUUGGUCGUCGCUUGAUGAUACUUUCGUCAAGGAUAAAUUCAUCGCCCUUGAGGCCGACAAAAGCGAAUUUCUCUAUCUCCUAGCACGGACUUCCGGUGCCACUACGAUAGUCGAGGCAGGUACAAGUUUUGGUGUCUCCACGAUCUACUUGGCUCUGGCUGCUGGGCAAAAUGCCGCUGCCCUCUCCCCAUCUCCUCCAACACCUGGGCAGGGAGCUAAGGUGAUUGCCACGGAGAAAGAACCGGAGAAAGCCCAAAGGGCUCGGGAUCACUGGAAGGAAGCGGGCCCUGAAGUUGAGCCAUGGAUAACUCUGUUGGAAGGAGACCUGAACGAUACUCUCCCGGCGGAGUUGAAAAAUGUCGAAAAGGUUGACCUUCUCCUUCUUGAUAUCUGGACACCGUUGGCACUCCCAGCCUUGAAAAUUGUCCAGCCGAAACUUCGACAUGGUGCACUCAUUAUUGCAGAUAAUACGGCCAGUUUCCGCUCUGCCUAUGAGGACUUUUUUGCUUACGUACAUGAUCCGAAGAAUGGAUUCAGAACGAUGACGACCCCAUUCAAAGGAGGACUCGAAGUGAUUGUAUACCUUCCAACUUCGUGAAUACGCAGUCUCUGAAUUUUUCUCUCCUAUUUUGUUGUUUUGUCAUUAUAUCCAUCCUCCUGGCCUAUUCAACAUCUCCCAGCCAAGCCAUUUGUCAAGAACAGUUAAUACGAAUUUUUAUAUUAUCAACAGCAAUAAUAAUGUAACAUGCACAUAUUUUACAUAUGGCUUGGAAUGCUAAGCUCAACCUACCCCCUUCUUCCAAACGUAUGUCUUAUAUUGUGACAUCCCUCUCAUCCAUUUACUCGUAUUCAGCCAACGCUGGUGAACCCGGGAAUUGCUCGUUUGAAAACUUCGUCUGCACGAACACUUUUUGAAUCCCUCUUUUCCUCUCGUCAUACAUACGAUAGACGAGAUCUAGAUCUUCCAGCUUGACACGAGUCGAAAUCAUUCGCAACGGAUCAAGGGUUCCACUUUCAAUGAGAGAGAGAAUGUGCUCCCAGUAUUUCUGUACCGGCGCUUGGCCGUUACCGAUCAAUCGGACACCGCGCUGCAUAAGGGAUCCGAUGUUGAAAUGGUUGGUCUAUCACAGUCAGCAGUUAGUAUUCGAGCAUUCCUAUUCAAAGCUUGUUCCAUCCCGUACAUCCAUAAGCUAGAGCCCAGGAACAAUCGACUUACGUAGCCCACAUAAACACCCGUAAUCCCACACCUCCCGAAAUUCCUCAUAGACGUAACCAUCUCAUUCAAAAUCUCCGACGUAUCCGUCUCCGCCCCCAGCAUAAUCUCAAUAUAAUGCGCCCAGCCCUUCGCAUACUCCCCAGCCGCACACUCCAACGCCGCGUCGGGGCCUUGCCCAUCCCCCACCAUCUGUUUCAACACAGAGGUCACCGACUCCCCACUCUGUAAAGUAGAAUAAUCCACCGUCUCAACCCGGGGCAGCUUUUCCUUGACAAAGUCUAAACGCCAAGCACCCGCUCCGCCAUCAAUAAGAAUCACUCUGGAUGCGCCGUGCAUGAAGCUGAACUCAGCGCACAUCUGUCCGAUGGGGCCGGCGCCCCAUAUCGCCACGACGUCUUCCUCCCGCACGCCCGUGUCGACCACACAGUGCCAAGCUGUACUAAGCACGUCCGAGAGAUAGAGACCCUUCUCAUCAGGAACGUUGGCAGGGAGCGGGAGGAGGUUGGUUUCCGCGUAGGGUACACGGACGUAUUCAGCUUGACCACCGGAAAAGCCGCCGGUGAGGUGGGAAUAUCCGAAUAUUCCUAUUACUUGACUAUUAGCGAUUGACAUUUACUACCACCCCCCCCCCCCACACCCCACACCGGCCCGGGCUGGCAGGCUGAAUGGAGCACCAGUAGUACUGACCGGCCGUGCGCGAUCCAUAAAGCGAAUUUUCCAACUGGCUAGCGUUCGUGCGCUCGCAUUGCGAGGAGAGUUUCCGUUUACAGUAUCUACAGUCACCACAGGCGAUUUGGAAGGAUGCGACGACCCGAUCUCCCGUUUUCAAUUUCUUGACGCUAGCGCCGACGGAUUCUAUUUCGCCGCAGAAUUCAUGGCCCAGGAUGUCUCCCUUUUGCAUUUCAAGGACCGACCCUAGGAGACAGGUAUGUUAGCAUAAAUUGUACCAUGUAGGAGACUAGCCCUAGUAGCUACUGUUAUGUAUGCGUACCAUGAUAGAGAUGCAAAUCACUCCCGCAAAUCGUUGAUCCAGUAACCUUUAAAAUGACGUCUGUAUCCUCAAGGAUUCUGGGCUUAGGCACGUCCGCUAUGAUUCUCACAAAACCAUAUCAGUAAACCUGAAAUAAUUCGUCUCUCCCCUUGAGGAGGCCGGAGGUCUAUCCUUUCGCUGCAUAUUUUGCACACUUUCAACCUACAUACCAAUCGUCACAUCGUUCUUCCCCAGCCAUAUCAAGGCCUUCAUCGUCUCACCACUGGGAUCCGCGAACUUCUGCCUAUCUCGUGCCGGAUUGCUCACAUCCUGUGUAAUACUGGCUUCUUCUUUCCUGCCCGUUUCCGAAACAUUUGCAGCCUGCGAAGUAGCCAUCCUAAUAAAUAUCCAAGUUUGAGAUGGUAAUAUUCAAAUAGUCGCAAUAGAAGCAGCUACUGAAGGCGAAUUCAUGACUAGGAGCAGCAGGGCGCCACGCCCCGGCUAUAUAUAAGAGCAGCCUUUCGCAGUGGCUUCGAAGAGGGGGGUAUACAUUGGACGGUAAACUCAAGUCCUGUGACAUCACAGUGAGGUCGUUCUUUAUGGAAUUUGACACUGCAAGCUUGUAUGUUUUUAGUUGUCUCGAGUAAGCCUACGUUUCUAGAAACGGCAAAAAUUCUACCCAGGAUGUGUUGCUUGCUCUGCCCGGAGAACUCAACUCACACCGCUGCUGAGGGAGAGAUUUUUCCACAAAAACUAAUAAAAAUAUAAUAGUAAACCAAGG